AUGAUGGCAUGCAUUCAUUGGCGCAAGUACGAGCGGGAGAUAGUUGGAGCCCGAAUUCAGGAGACAUCUGUAGCCCGAAUCUGGGGAAGAAUAAGUUUGGAGAACAUGAUGGCAUACAGCCUGGAGAGCAGGACUGGCGGGGUUGGAUCUGCAGUGGAUCGCUGUCGCCGUAAAAAUUCACGAUUGGGAAGGAAUAGCUAA